AUGCAUUACGCAUACGCCGUGUAUGCCGCCCUCAGCCUUCUUUGCUCUUCUGCGCCUUGUGCGCUAAGCGCACUGCAAUCCCGCACCACCGGCCAACUGGCCAGGCUGCCCUUCUUUGGCGGCGGAGUUACCCAACUGCUGCACUAUCUGCGCCCCAUGGAGCAGUCCGCCUCCAAUGGCCGUCGCUCGGCCCUGCGCAGUGCUCUGGAUGAGAACUAUGUGAGCUAUCGCGGUGGCCAGCUCUGGAAGCUCAACUUCAAUGGCACGCGUCGCACUGACGUCGAUAGUCCACCGGAUGCUCAUUAUAAUCAAUUUGUGGAAAACAUGUUGCUACUGUGGCUGCCUCGACUGCUGCUGCUUGCCGCUGGCCACGCGCAGCAUUUGCUGCUGUGGCGCAGCAUUACGUUGCCCGGACUGGGACUGCCGCAGCUGUGGACGAUGAAUAGCAGCGAAUUGUACGAGGCAACCUUUGAGAGUUUGCAGUGGUUGGCGCCAACAGAUCUGCGACGCUUUGAUUUUAUAUCAGCGGACUCGACAUAUCAGAUAAAUCGACGUUAUCGCAACGAUUCGAGAGUGCGACGUUAUUACGGCUAUCAGCUGUGGAAGUUGCACGAGGAUUGUCUCGAUCGACAGCGAUGGCGCGUCUUUAGGCGUCUCUUUGGUAGCGAGGUGUGGAACAUCAAUCAAGACGGCAUCGAUAUACUCAUUGAGCAUAAGAACGUCGAGGCGGCUCAGAAGUUUAUGGAGAAAUCUGACUUUAGCUAUAAUGUCAUGAUCGAUGACAUAGAGGCAGCCAUCGAUCAGACCUAUACGGAGGUGAGCGACGAGCAGGCCGAGAGCGCCAAUGCCAACUACUCCCUGCCCUGGCUUCAACGCGAGGGUUCGUUGCUCACCUGGCGACGCUAUCACGAUCACGGCGAUCUACAGCAGUUUCUACAAAAUACGCUCGAGACACACGCCGAUCUGGCUGAGAUUAUACAAAUUGGACUGACGCGCAACAAGCGACCAAUGGAGGUGCUCAGAAUCUCGAAUGGCAAUCGAGCCAAUUGGUCCGUGUUUGUGGACGCCGGACUGCAGGCGCGUGACUGGCUGAGUCCCGCUGCUCUCAGCUAUGCCAUAGCCAAGUUGACCUGGCUCUGGGGUGAGGGUCAGCUGGAGCGGGCUAUGCGUCGUAUUGACUGGUAUUUCCUGCCUUUGGCCAAUCCGGAUGGCUAUCAGUACUCGAGACUGACGGACCGAUUGUGGACCAAGAAUCGCAAUUACGACAUUGACAGCGGCUGCUAUGGCGUCAACCUGGAUCGCAACUUUGAGUACGCUUGGGGUGGAGCGGGCGCCACGCAGAAUGCCUGCAAGAAUCUUUACCAGGGCAGCAAAAGCUUCUCCGAGCCCGAAUCACGCGCCAUACGCAACUUUCUGUUGGGCAUGCGCAAUGACCUGGGCGCCUACAUCUCCCUUGGCGGCUAUGGCCAAACCAUUACCUAUCCCUGGGGCGAUGCGGACUACCUGACGCACAACGAGCGCCAGCUGCGCCACACUGCUCGCCAGGCUGUGCUCAACUUUCGACGCCUCAACCAUGCCGAGUACAGCAUGGGCACCAGCUAUACCCAGAAGAUGGCCAGGGCGGGCAACUCGGCCGACUGGGUGCAGCAGCGCAUCAACCCGCAGUUUGUCUACAAUGUGUUCCUCAAGGAUCUGGGACGCUAUGGCUAUCUAAUGCCGCCACACUACAUUUUGGAGUCGGGCGAGGAGGCCUUCGAGUUUCUCCGCACUAUUGCCGAGCAGCUCAAUGCAUAUGAGUAA